AGAUCUGAAGCCUUUACAGCCCCGCGCCGCGCAUCCGGCGCCCCGCCAGCGGCAAGCGGCUGCGAGGUGGCGGCGGGAUGGAUUCAAGAUGGACAAAGGCGCUGUGCAUUGCUGGCGGGGCUGCCGCAGCCGCGGGCGUGCUGUGGUACGUGUUUCGCGAGGACGAGGAAGAGGCUGCAGCCGAGGCCGGUUUGGCCGCCGCCGGCGGCCAAAAGUUUUGCGUCACAGAUCCCUCCGGUGCUUGCAUCGGCAUUCGGAAAGAGCCAGAUGUGAGCUCCGCCCGGACUGGCCUGCAGCUCAUGCCGGGAGAGGUCUUCGAUGUCUCGGAAGUGCUCGAGGCGCCGGAUGGCCAGAUGUACUUGAAGCUGGCAGAUGGUCGUGGCUGGGCGUUCACUCGCAGCUCCAGAGAUGGGCGGCUGCUGUGCCAGCGGGUCAGCGACGAGGAGGCAGAGCACAUGGCUGGCUCCCAGCCGAGCAUGCAACGAAUGAUGGCAGAAGUGAACGCGUUGCUUGAAAGGCAACCAGAACUCAGAGAACAAGUUCUUGCCUCACCAGAACUGCAGGCCAUGCUGGCGAAUCCAGAUGCAAUGCGCUCCGCGGCUCAGCAGAAUCCCUUCGUGGCUUCGGCCAUGCAGUCAAACCCUGGAGUGCAAGAAUGGAUGGCUGAUGGAGCAGUCGCGCGCUUUGUCAUUGCUUGUGACUUUCAAACCAUGUCACGACAUGUGCAUGCCCUUACCCAGGAUCCUGAAACCCUUGCACAAGCAAUGCGAUCAAAAGUGCCAAACUGAGACUUGUUUGGCGUUUGGUGCAAAAUUCUGCG